AGGUUCGCCCAGAUCUGGUGACCUUCGACCCAACGGACCUCCAGCACGUAAUCGAGUCGAAGUACAUGAUGGUGCGCGACGCCCUUAACGCGGCGGUGCCCGAGCUGCUGGGGAAGCUGGAGGACCCCGAGCUGCAGAGGCUGGUUAAGCAGGCGCGCGAGAAGGACGAGACCAAGUUCGUGGCGUCCUUCUGGAACAUGGGCACCCACAGCGGGAUCCGGGAUCUGCGCACCGACCAGCUCGGCAAGCUCGUGACGGUGUGCGGCACGGUCACGAGGACCACCGAGAUGAAGCCGGAACUGCUGGUCGGGACGUACCAGUGCAACGUCUGUUCCCGCGAGGUGAGCGGCGUCGUCCAGCAAUUCAAGUGCACGAUGCCGGUGGCCUGCCCUGGGCGCAACUGCGGGAACCGCACCAGCUGGACGCUGCUGGCGGAGAGCCGCACCACGCGGUGGGGCGACUGGCAGCGCAUCCGGCUCCAGGAGAGCGAGAAGGAGGUGCCAGCCGGCUCCAUGCCCCGGUCGAUGGACGUGAUCGUGCGGGACGAGUGCUGCGAUCGCUGCAAGCCUGGCGACAAAGUGCACAUCACUGGCAGCCUGAUCGUGGUGCCAGACGUGCCCUCCAUGAUGAACCCGUCGGAGCUCACGCAGCAGACGCGGCGCUCGCUGAACACCCGGUCGGACUCGUCCUUCUCCGACGGCGUGAAGGGCCUCAGUGGUAUGGGCAAUCGCGACCUGACAUACAAGCUGUCGUUCUUCGGCGGCUACAUCGAGAUGGACUCCGAGUUCGGGCCAGAGGCCGAGGAGGAGGACGCGCGGACGGAGGCGGGCCUGUUCCUGACGCAGAACGAGAGGGACCGCUUCAUGGCCAUCCGCAACAGGAGCGACUGCUUUGACAGGCUCGCCAGCAUGAUCGCCCCUGGCAUCGAAGGGCACCUGGAGG